AUGCAGCUUAGUUAUGAUUUUGGAUCCGGUCUGACAACAUCGGUGCGUAUUAUGCUUGUGUAUGUUGUUGUUGUUGUUGUUGUUGUUUAUUUGGCUCCAGUUGUGUGGCAAGUGAUACCGAUCGCUUUCCAACUAACGUUCACCGUUACAAACGACGAGAAGGAUGGUCGUUGUACCGCAAUUAAGCACACACGAGACUGUUGCGAGGAUGUUGUCGAUGCAGCCUCAACAACCGAGUUCACACAGCCGAACACAGCAGCAACUCAGAAACGGGAUAAGCUGUCGAUACUUGUGGAACUGCAAACACCAGAUGGAUCAUGGAUGCUGGAUGAUCACCUGGCCGAAUGUCUGGAGGUUCCGUUGGAUCAGCUGAAAGAAGACAAACCGAAGACCUAUGUGAAACGCAACCCACACUUUCGUGUUCUGCGUGAGCUGUGGACUGUCUCGAUUGCUGAUGAGUAUCUGGGGGAUAUACACAUUGUUGAUCAGCUGCGUAAAGUUGGAUCUGUAAACUUCAUUCAGCUACUUUUACAGGCUAACUGA